UGACGUUCACGUAUGCCUCGCGGUACUUGUGGUGGUUAGUUCUGUUGCGGGCUCUGAGAUGACAUUUGUUGACUCGCACAAAUCCAGACAAGCGAUUUAAUUAGUCAUUAAUUCCUGUCGGGUUUUACCGAAACGCGUUGUUGUAGCAGACUGUGUCAGUGUUGUAAUUUUCGCUCCCCGUGUAUUGCUUUUGGUUCCUUCAGUUUCCGCCGCGCGUUUUGGGUUUCUCAACUGUCGCCCCCUUUGGAAGAAUGGGGCUCUUUAGGGUUUCGUUUUGCUUUCGGAUUUGACGUUCUGCAGACCACUCGCACUACCAUCCAAAACACGUUGCGGAGAGUGCGUAGCAUUGGUGGGGGGCUUUAUCCUGCUUUUUACUCGGACCAUCAAGGAGUAGAAUCUUGGAGCUGUCAUCCUUGGUUAAAGGGUGACACCCUGUCAUGUGAGACCUUGACUUGAGUUCUUUAAAAAGACUUUGGAAGUGGACAGUCAACCACUUUAAGCACCUUCUGAAGACGGCACCGUUGUCUCCGCAGCAGCAGGACCAAGAUGGACGUCAACCUGGACGGAUUGUUCCGCCUCAACGUCACCUACGACUAUGACGACGACUACGUGUAUCAAGACGACGAUUCCGAGUCCCGGGGGGGCAGGACAACAUGGAUUCCCCUGGUCUACUCAGCGGUGCUGAUCGUGGGCCUGCUGGGGAACGGGCUGCUGCUGGCGGCGCUGGCGCUGAAGAAGCGAGCAUGGAGGACGUCGGACACCUUCAUCCUUCACCUGAGCGUGGCCGACAUCCUGCUGCUGCUCACGCUGCCCCUGUGGGCAGCGCAGGCCACGCACGCUUGUGGAUGGUGCGUCGGGCUCGCCCUUUGCAGGAUCAGCGCUGUUAUUUUUAAGCUCAACUUCUUCUGCGGGAUCUUUCUCCUGGCCAUCAUCUGUGUGGACCGCUACCUGUGGCUGGUCCACGCCAAGCAGCUGUACUCCCACAAGAAGCCCAUGUUGGUUCACCUAAGCUGCGUGUUGGUGUGGCUGGUCUCCCUACUCCUCACCAUCCCCGAGUGGCUCUAUAUGGUGUUGGAACGGCAUCCUUGGAAGGAGGAGAGGACCCAGUGCGUCCUCAGCCUCUAUCUGGCGAACAUGCAGCUGUCGUCGCGCCUUUCCCACCACGUGAUUAGCACGGCGGCGGCCGUCGUCAUCGGCUUCUCGUGCGCAUCGCUCUGGCUCCGACGCCCCGCCAAUACAUUCCGCAAGAGGGCGGUGACCCUCAUCCUGAUCGGGGUCUUCUCGAUCUGCUGGAUUCCGUAUAACGUCGCGCUCAUCGUCGACACAUUCGCCAGUGAGAAGACCCCGGACGGCUCCCGGAAAAUCUCGCUGACAGUCACGGCGGCGCUGGGCUGCGUCCACGCCUGCCUUCGGCCGCUGCUCUACCUCGGCCUGAGCGGCGAGUUCAGGAAGUGGACACUGGCGACGCUGAGUUGCAAACGAGCAGAACCCAAGGGUUCGGUCUGGGAGCUGGGCGUAGGUGACGACGCCCCGCUCGAGCAGAGUCCCGAGAUGGAGCAGCUCAACGGGAUCACCAGCGUGGGGCAGCAAGUGCAGUCAAAAAUUUCCGCGUAGCAGAUGUCAUGUAACUCAAUACAAAUCAGCCAUUUUAAGACUUUCUAGCAGAGGCCUAUGAUAAACCCAACUUAACUACAGCUGUACCUUGACUCUUGAGGGCCCCAAGUUACAAGUUUUCAAUGUGACCAAGUUUUAUUUAUUUUUUUGUGACUUACUCCAAUUCUUGCAACAUAGGUCGUUAACAUUAAUUGAUGCACGCUUAAAGUCAGUGUCAUGUGCUUCAAAAGCAAACAAGGUCUGCUGCCUUUUUAUGUCCUGGAGGACAUAAUUUAUUUAUUUUGGUUUUACAUUCAUAAAUACUGAAACAUGGAUCACCAGAGGAGUCCAGACUGUAAUAAUCUUUGGAAUGUGCUUAAGAAGUCAUCCAACAGUGUCCCAGUAAAGUUGUGAAUGAUAUUGUGCUAUAAUCACAGCAACGGGUAAUUUGAUUCUCCAAUCGAGUGAGUGACUGUUUUAUGGCUUUCUAGUAGUUUUACUAGCGUAAUGUUAUUCUAUGUUAGAAAGAUAAGCUCCCGUGCUUAUCAGUGUUUUACAUUUCAAGAAUUUACCUGAAUGCUCACCACGUAGUUGCCAUUUAGAAGACACAAGUUAACUAAGUGCUGCUUGCAAUAAUUACUUUAGAUUUUUUGUUCACUGAGGUCUGGAGAGGUUAGCUCAGGUGGAGCUGUGGCGGGAAACCCCCACGGCAGAGGAAAAGGGGGCCUAGACACCAAUCUCAUGGGAAAGACUAGACAACUUCUUUGUUAACAAUCCAGCUAAAGGACAUCCAACCACACUUCAUGAAGUUGACGAUAACAACUAAGUCAUCAGACGAUUUGCCUCUUUAAAGCAGCAGUGCCGUAAUGCAACUUGCGUGUUCUCGUGAACACAAAGGAAUUUGGUUUUGGGCAAAUCCUGCUGUGCUUUUUUUAUUUUUCAGUGUUACAACAAGUUUGCGGAGGGAACACAGCAGGUCGACACAGAUAUGCGGGUUGGCGGGCUGAUGUCAUGGCUUGUGUCUACGAGGCUAUUAAAAGCUCUCGCUGUCUGUUUUGGAGGGUUUGUCUCGCUCUCGCGCGGCCAACCUGACCAACCUGAUUUGUAAGUUGAGGUCGAGUCAAUGCAAUGUCAAUGUUGGUGAAUGACAAACAGGGCGGAGGAGCCUUUUUCUGUGUUGACAAAGCCUCCCAUGGGCGGUCUUCGUCAAAUGUUGUUUUGUUUCCUCUCAAUUCAAAUUGUUCUAAGAAAGUAUCAAGAGAAGGCCGUGCUCAAGCCAUUACCACAGAGUCUUGUCAGAUUAAUCACAGACGUGCAUAGUUGGGUGAAGUUUGCAUGCCUGCACUCUUCUCCUUAUCAACUGAUUUUUUCUCUCUCUUGCAUUAAUCGUACAUUGCACAAGAGUGCAAAGCUGCUUUUUCUUUUUCCCUCAUUCAAUUCCUGUCACAAUCCCUCAAGGUGUGUUUUCCUGCCAUCAAGUCAUUAAGAGUCUGCAUGCAGUAUUGGAACAACUUUGAAACUUUGUUUUUUGUAUUUUAUUCAAGUACUCAGACCUUGUACUUAAGUAGAAAUACUGAUAUUUGUGUAAAAAAUAUCUUGAUUCAAUAUACCACAAAAUUGCAGACUGAAGCACACAAAAGUAAAAAUAAUUUAAAUUUA